CAGCAGGGAUGGACAGGCAGGGAGGGGAAGGCAAAAACACCAGAUCACCCAGGCUAGAAGUGCAGGGAAGGGGAGGGAGGCUUGCAGGGAGGGUGUCUGGCAGGCGCCUUCACAGAGGCUGGGCUUGACUGGGUGCUGGGAUGUGCAGGCGCAGUGUCCCCAGAUACGGAUGGCACUCUGGUUUCUGAUUUUGGAAAUGGCCAUACCAGGAUUUCCAAUCUGGCAAGCGCGCUGGCGGCAAAGGGCUCUGAACAGCAGAGAGAACCAUCUGGAGGCGGGCGGCCACUCAGUGUGGUGAAGGGGUAUGAAUGCAGAUUUGGCAACAGCUAGAGAGCAGAGCGUAGUUUCUAAAGCAGGGAGGCAGCAGAAGGUAAUUCACAGAGGGAGAACUCAAUCCAUCUGAGGAUGUAGGGCAGGAGGAAGCAGCAAGUCAAGGAACACUGAGGCCCAGAGAUUCCAAGGUUCCUGGGUUCACUAGCGUCUGAUUGGCCGCUGGGCAGCCCCAGGAACACCGCUGCAGCUCACCCAAUGGGCCUGUGGGACUUCUAGAUUGCUGGUCUGGGAGCAGGGCCCAGCUCUACAUGUGUCCCCUUGUAGAAGGAAUGCUUGGUCUGAGUGAAACAGAAGCCCAUUUGAGAUCCUAUUGGAGGCGGGGCCCCUUAAUAUGUCCAGAGAAAACAGCCACGGGGCUGCCAUUUCUUGAGUUAGGCUCAGAAGAAAGUGGAGUGAUUUGCCCCAAUUUUGAGGGAGAAGGUUAGAGUCUGAGACCCACCCAGUGGGCGUGGCAGAGGCAGAUGUUUAAAUAAACUCCUCUAACCAGAAAUUGCCCUGAUAGGCGUUAGGGUGUGUCUCUCUGGGAGGGGAGCAAAGACCCUGACCUGGAGACAUUGUGAUGACCGAGCAGAGAUAAAGAGGAGGAGAUGAGCGGCUGCACCUCUAGGCCGCUGGGGGCAGAGGCUGGUGACCCCGGCUGGAGAGCACAGUGGAGCAUCCCAGGCUUCCCCUGGGACCAUCUCCAAGGACCAGACUCCACCGCAACUUCUCAGGUUACCUGGGAAGCUGAGAAGGGGCAAGGUCGGGGCACCAGCAGAGGAGAGAGAGUUCAGCUGGGCACGCCGAGGAAGGGAGAGAUCAUCAGGGACCACUAGAUCACGGCAGCAGCGACCGCCUGGAUCCUGGCACAGUAAAAACAUUUCCAGCAACCGAAAUCAUUAAAUAUUAGGGAAAUUACCCCCUUUGUGUGCUCUAUGCAUUGCAAAUACUUUUGUUGGUUUGUUCAUUUCAAGAUUGGUCAUGGUGGCUUAUUAGCUUGCUUCAGAAUCACUGGCAAAAAUAUUGACUAGGAUCGGGCUCUUUUCACAUGGAAAGGUGAAGGAAAGUGGAUCAGAUAUUCAUUGCUGUCAUAAAGUACUCACCUGUGUGGGACACUGCAUACAUCUUAGAAGACUGCAAUAAAGUGGCAAUGUCUCGGGAACCCACCCCACCUCUCUCUGGAGAUAUGUCCGUCGGUCCUAUAGCAGAAAGCUGGUGUUAUACACAGGUACAAGUAGUAAAAUUUUCCUACAUGUGGACCAUUAAUAACUUCAGUUUUUGUCGAGAAGAAAUGGGUGAAGUGUUAAAAAGUUCAACAUUCUCAUCUAGCCCCAGUGACAAAAUGAAAUGGUGCCUGAGAGUAAAUCCAAAGGGAUUAGAUGAUGAAAGUAAAGACUACUUGUCCUUAUAUUUGCUUUUAGUCAGCUGUCCAAAAAGUGAAGUUCGAGCAAAAUUCAAAUUUUCCCUUCUGAAUGCUAAAAGGGAAGAAACAAAAGCAAUGGAAAGCCAAAGAGCAUAUCGAUUUGUACAAGGGAAGGACUGGGGUUUUAAAAAAUUCAUUCGAAGAGAUUUUUUGCUUGAUGAAGCUAAUGGUCUUUUACCAGAUGACAAGCUUACAUUAUUUUGUGAGGUGAGUGUGGUCCAAGAUUCAGUAAAUAUAUCAGGACAUACUAAUACAAACACGUUAAAGGUGCCUGAAUGCCGACUAGCAGAAGAUUUAGGUAAUCUCUGGGAAAACACAAGAUUUACAGAUUGCAGUUUUUUUGUGAGAGGACAAGAAUUUAAAGCUCAUAAAUCUGUUCUUGCAGCUCGAUCCCCAGUUUUUAAUGCCAUGUUUGAACAUGAAAUGGAAGAAAGCAAAAAGAAUCGAGUGGAAAUAAAUGAUGUAGACCCUGAGGUUUUUAAAGAAAUGAUGAGAUUCAUUUACACAGGGAAAGCACCAAACCUUGACAAAAUGGCUGACAACUUGUUGGCAGCUGCAGACAAAUAUGCACUGGAACGGCUGAAGGUCAUGUGUGAAGAAGCUUUGUGUAGUAACCUCUCAGUAGAAAAUGUUGCUGAUACCCUUGUCCUUGCAGAUUUGCACAGUGCAGAACAAUUGAAAGCACAAGCCAUAGACUUUAUUAAUAGGUGCAGUGUACUUCGACAGCUUGGGUGUAAAGAUGGGAAAAACUGGAACAGCAACCAAGCAGCGGACAUAAUGGAAACAUCUGGGUGGAAGUCCAUGAUUCAGUCUCACCCACAUUUGGUAGCAGAAGCCUUCCGAGCACUAGCAUCUGCACAGUGUCCACAGUUUGGUAUUCCACGAAAACGGCUAAAACAGUCUUGAAACCUUCCAUAAACUGUAGAAAAAUGGAAUUGACUUUUACUCCUCCAGGUCCAGAAGGAUUCUAAUACACAAACCAUAAGCAAGAGUUGUUUCUGUUGUCUUGUCCACAGAACAGAAGCUGAAAAAGCAUAUUGCUUGCAUUUCAGGUGGAUAAUUUAUGGUUUAUUCUUCAGCUUUAAAUUAGACUGAUUAUACUCUAAUUCACUUCAAGGCCUUAAAUUAUCUUCAGUGACUUCUCUUGUUCAUGUAAUACUUUAAUUUUUUUAUUGUGCCUUGUCAUUGAGACCAAGGCUAUGCAGGAUUGCACUAGCUCCAUAAUGCAGUAAUACUGAUAACUGAAGAUAGUAAGUUUCAAAAGGAUCUUCCAUUAGUUUGAGAAAGGCAGAUGAAUUUUGUAGGGUUUGUCCUGUACUAAAAGUUUAAAACUAGGUUUUCCUUUAAAAAAGCACUUGUGUUGGAGAUGACUGGUAAUGUUUCUAGUCUAAGUUCUAUAAAUACAGGAGAACCUGCUUACCUUCAAGGUAAGUUAUGGCAAUACACUGCUUCAGUUCUAAUUUAUUUUUCAUUUCAGGGGGCAAAUAUGCAAUGAGUUGGCCCAUUUUUUAGUGAAAUUUGUGAUUUUUAUAUGUUAACUGUCCAACAAACUAAGAGAAGCAUAACAAACCUUUACUUGUGUUUCUUUGUGAGUUUAUCCAAGUUUACAAUGACUGAGAACUGAUUGAGGUUAAGAUUUCAAUAAGAAGAAAGCAUGUUUAGUGCUGAAUUAAUUUUUUUUUAAUUUAUAGUGACCUACAUUUACAUGAAGAAUUCUAUAUGUUAAAAGUAAGGAUGACCAAAUGUAAAUUUAAUGACUGGGCCAAUUAAGGAAGAUAUAUAUGCACUUUUAACGUGUAACUUUUAUAUGCUAAAUGGUACUCUUUUUUUUUUUUUUUUUCUUUUGAGGGAAUUGAUGUGGUAUAAUUAAUUGUCUUAACUUUUGAAAGAAUUUUUUAAGAAAGAUGGAGGCAACUGGGAUGUUUGUGAUAAUAGAUUAAAAAAGGUAUUCCCAAUUAUAGUUACAUUGGCUUGACUUUCAGAUAUUCAUUGUUGAAUUUACUACUGUUUUAUCACACUUCGGAGAAGGCACCUAAGCAGUAAAUGAAUCCUAGUCUACUCUCCUUCUAAAAACAAUGAACUGUUAUUAUUCGAAGACCAAAGGAGAGGACCCCCAGAAAUAUGUCAGGCUACACUCUGAAACCUUUUUUCCUCCCUAGGUUUCUCCUGUCUGUCUCAGUUACUAUACCAACGUUGUGGAUAAUAAUUGAAAUAAUGCGUAAUGUGAACAGGAUAAACUAUAAACUGCUUUUCACAGGCCAGUUCUUUAUUAUAAAUGAAUUUUAGCUUUAAAACACAUACGUAUCUUCAGUUUGUUCACAGCAGAGGUCUGCUCUAGUGCAUUGUCAUGGCGAAGCAGGAGUGAUCAGUGUCAAGUGCUGCAUCGGAUUUCCUCUAACAGUGGUAGUAUGCUUCUUAGGCAGGAUAUGUGUGUGACCACAUGGGGAAAAAGUGUGUCACUGGAAAAAAGAAUGCUUAUAUCUAUAUAUUUACCUAUGUAACUAUUCUCCAGAUUAAAAUUUGCAUAAUUCGUUUAUUUAGUUUUUGAAAUUAGGGCAAAAGGAAAAAAAAAAUGAAGCUAAAGUUUUAAAAUAGAUAUUAUUUUUGUUAUCUAUUAGGUAUUUACUGAAUCCUAAUAUACCAAGAAUGAUUCAUAUUUACACUGAACAAACACUGUCAAAUAAUCAUUUGUUAUCCACAUCAGACUGAAGUUUGAAAAGAUGGUAUUUUCAGAUAUCUUCAUUUCUUCUUUUGUAGUUUGAGUCUUUGUUGUAUGAACUUAAAUUUAAUAUUGAAAGACUACCUUGGGAUAGACGAAGGAUUCUUACAUAUGAAUGGACUCUGUCCUAUGGAAGAGUAUUAUAGGGAGCAGAAGUCUAUGUAAGAGUAUUAUAAGGGGCAGAAAUUCACUUCUUAACUAAACUGUAAGAUUGAGCCUUUUAAAUUUACAGUGUGCAGUGUAAAAACACACACACACACACACACUUUAAGGAUUUGAGGUUUUGCCAGGGUUUUAGAAGAAAAACACUCGCCUCUGAGGCCCUAGAAUUUUGUUGUCAUAUAUUAAAAAAAAAUACUGGUGUAUCCAUUUAUAUCGAAUGCACACAGAUGCAUUAUGAAUUAAUUCACUGCUUGAAUCUACAUUUCUAACCAUAGUGACUUCAGUGGUAACAUCUAUAAUGUACAUUUCAGCUUACCCUUACUUUAGUGUUUAUUGCAAAUCUGAAGGGUUUUAUUAUAAAGAUUUUUUUUUUAGUUUGGUAGCACAUUUUGUACCAAAAAUGUCAAACACUGUGCUCUAAGGAUAUCCACGUUUGUAGAAAUGUCCACUUUUCAGAUAAUAUAAUGCCUACCAUUAUGUUAACAGAAUCACAUGGUAGUUGAUUUAUUUUUUUUAUUUAUUAUGUAUAUUUUUGGUAUUGUGGGUUCUUGAGGCAAUGUAAAACUGUUAAUGUAUUCUGAAGUGAGUGUUCUAAUAGCUUUUUUUUUUUUAACUAUACACAUGAUUUUCAGUAGACACAGAUUUCGUCCAAAGCAGUGUUGCCUUUUAAACUAAAGCCUGCUCCUGUGUCCCUUUUGUCACCUAAACAGCUCUUUCUUAGAAAAGUAGUUACUGGUCUUAAACAUUACAUAUUAUAAAAGUAACCGUUGGAGAACUGUUCUUUAGAUUGAGAUACAGAAACACUAUAUUUGUGCCUUUUUCAUUUUUUAAUUUUAGUGUGUAUCGAUAUUUGGAGCACAAAUAUGAAGGUGCCAUCACAUAUGGCCUGCCAUUGUUACCUCCUUGAAUACUCAUGUGUCAUUGUCUUGAAAUAGUAAUUGGAGAUCCUUGCAUGUAUUAUGUGGUCAUUAGGCAAGUGUGUAUGCGUGUGUAUGUGUGUAUAUGUAUAUUUGCUUGGAUUUGUGUGUGGUAUGUUCAAAAGUGAAUUUCUGAAAAUAGGACUCAGUUAAAUGUUGAAAGUUUAGGUUAGUUGAAAUGUAUUCCAUUUAAAUGUGCUUUAUUUGGGGGGACAAUUGAGGAAAUUAUAAUUCUCAAAAAUGUGACCAAUUUACUGCAUGAUGAAAUGUGAAAACAGUGCCUUUUUAGGACAUCAGUUUUGAAAUUGAGUUUAAAAAUGUUAAUGAAGAUCUCUUAAAAAUUUGUCAUGAACAUUAUUGUUUUAUUUUUAAACUAGAUUUAAGUUAGAGCUUAAAUUGCCAGAUAUGUAAUUAACUAAUUUAUUUACCCAUUUAAGUUUUGUGCAUAAAUUCAAAAUCUAAACAGAAUCUUUGUAUGCUUCCUGGUGUUAACUAAAAUAGAACACUAGGGACUUCAGUAAGUUGUUUUAAGUCCAGCUCAGCAAGCUUUUCUCAAAGCCAAGUCUACUUGAAGAGGUGAAUAAUUUUGAGUUGGAUGUUCAUGCUCUUUAAUGGGUAAAAUGAAAAUAUUCAGUGUAUUCUUGCAAAACAAGGUGGGUGGGUGGGUUUUAGUGUUUUCAGAUUAUAAAGACAGCACUUUCAGCACACAUAAGAGUAUUUUGCAAACCUCUUUUAUACAGAUUAUGAGCUCUACUUUGUUUAAGUGUUAAAAUGGAAUGAUGUAAAUUUUAGGUCCAGUUGAACAAAUAUUGAGUGCCUACCAUGCGAGAUUUCCUCUUCACUCAGAAUGAAAUCACCACACCGUGUCUUCUGUUUUCAGUAUGUGGACUUUACGUUUGAAAAAGAAUUCUUAUAUUUAAAUCUUUUUCUGUUGUUAGAGUUUAUCAUUGUAUACUGUAACCCAGUUAAUUUUUGCCUUCAGUUUUUUAGAAUGAAGAUAUAACUUGAGUCCCAUUUUUGAAAAUAAAAGUCUGCUGAAAUUAUUUAAAAAUUAGUUCUGGGGGGAAUUGAUUUUCAAGAUUCAAAUGUAUAAAGACACAUUGAACUUUUCAGCCUCAUUUUUAAUCAGCUGAUGUCAAAUGAUGAGAUACAUACUUUUUGUAUCUUAUUGCUGAAAAUAUUUUUUGCAUUUCAGCACGUUGAGUUAAAAUAAAGUUGUUACUACUUAUUCAGAA